UACUAACUUGGGAUGAGUCAUCGCAUCAACUAAUAUUCACUUCGUAAGGUUACAACUCUACAAGAAACGUCUUUCUUUGUUAUGGGUUAUCAAAUCUGGUUUUGUUUCAUUGCUGCACUUGUGACUCUUGACUCAGUGAAGGGGUCACCAGUAGUCAUUGUUAAGUGUAGCUCCGUGUGCAAUGCUUCGAACCUACGCUUAAAGAACAUACAACAAAAGCUGAAAUCUUUGGAGCAGCGACUGAGUGCCCUGGAAAAACCAAAAGUCAAAGCCUGCAAGUUCGACUUUGAACGCGGAAUAGGGGCCUGGGCGAAAACUGGUACAGUGUUCAAUAACCAGCCGACCUACGGUGACAACCCUACUGCUCGGAGUCGGGGACAACCUGCCAACCAGCAAGGGAACUGGUGGAUUGGAGGAUACGAGAACAGACCUUCUAGGUCUUCUUCUGGAGGAAAAACACAAGGAGACGGGCCACAGGGAACUCUAACCUCUCCACCGUUCAAAAUAAAGGGCGAGUACAUCUCAUUCCUAAUUGGAGGAGGCUGUAAUAUCAAAUCGAUUCGAGCAGAGUUGAUCAUUGGAUGGAAGGUGGUGAAACGAGCCACUGGAAAAUGUCAUGAGACGAUGACUCGAAAGUUCUGGGAUGUUAGAGCUUUCAUUGGUAAAAGUGCGCGCGUCAAACUGGUUGACUUCAGCUCUGGAGGAUGGGGCCACAUUAAUUUUGAUGAUCUUAGGGGUGAUAUAAGCUGCCAGUAACACCGAAAAAAAAUUUUCUAUGCUUUCUCGAGCUGUGAGGUGUUUAAAUGGAAAAAGGGGAGUUGAAUUAUUAAUUAAAGGUUUUAAAAACUCAGUGUAAAACGUUUAUAAAAGUGGGAAUAAAGUCAUCUAACAUGGUAAA